AUGGUCCAUCAUAUUAGAAGUAGAGGUGACUCCAUCUUGGAUUCAUUCUCUUUAACUCCUCUGCCUUAUCCUGUUCUGCUAAUCCUUUCUCUCACAUCUGUAUUUCUCGGAAAAUCAAGUUACCUUAACUACGAAUCGGCUGUGGAAUCUGCCGACCAGCAAAUGAGUUGGGUACUUUUCGCCACACCAGUCGUGUUAAUACUCUUGGCACGAUGGCUCUCCUCUAUGGAAGUCUCUGGUAUGCUGUUUGGGUUAUCACCCUGGGAACGUAUCCGCCGGACUCACCAUCACCCUUCUGAAGGUACCUCACCCUGGGCGGUGGCUGCUUUCAUUGUGUUGCUGUUAGUCCUGUUGCAGUACCAGUCCAUUUUUCGUGAGAGCUGGCUGGUAUGA